AUGGAUGUGCUCAGCCCUGGUCAGGGCAACAACACCACAUCACCACCGGCUCCCUUUGAGACCGGCGGCAACACUAGUGGUAUCUCCGACGUGACCUUCAGCUACCAAGUGAUCACCUCUCUGCUGCUGGGCACGCUCAUCUUCUGCGCGGUGCUGGGCAAUGCGUGCGUGGUGGCUGCCAUCGCCUUGGAGCGCUCCCUGCAGAACGUGGCCAAUUAUCUUAUUGGCUCUUUGGCGGUCACCGACCUCAUGGUGUCGGUGUUGGUGCUGCCCAUGGCCGCGCUGUAUCAGGUGCUCAACAAGUGGACACUGGGCCAGGUCACCUGCGACCUGUUCAUCGCCCUCGACGUGCUGUGCUGCACCUCAUCCAUCUUGCACCUGUGCGCCAUCGCGCUGGACAGGUACUGGGCCAUCACGGACCCCAUCGACUACGUGAACAAGAGGACGCCCCGGCGCGCCGCUGCGCUCAUCUCGCUCACUUGGCUUAUUGGCUUCCUCAUCUCUAUCCCGCCCAUGCUGGGCUGGCGCACCCCGGAAGACCGCUCGGACCCCGACGCAUGCACCAUUAGCAAGGAUCAUGGCUACACUAUCUAUUCCACCUUUGGAGCUUUCUACAUCCCGCUGCUGCUCAUGCUGGUUCUCUAUGGGCGCAUAUUCCGAGCUGCGCGCUUCCGCAUCCGCAAGACGGUCAAAAAGGUGGAGAAGACCGGAGCGGACACCCGCCAUGGAGCAUCUCCCGCCCAGCAGCCCAAGAAGAGUGUGAAUGGAGAGUCGGGGAGCAGGAACUGGAGGCUGGGCGUGGAGAGCAAGGCUGGGGGUGCUCUGUGCGCCAAUGGCGCGGUGAGGCAAGGUGACGAUGGCGCCGCCCUGGAGGUGAUCGAGGUGCACCGAGUGGGCAACUCCAAAGAGCACUUGCCUCUGCCCAGCGAGGCUGGUCCUACCCCUUGUGCCCCCGCCUCUUUCGAGAGGAAAAAUGAGCGCAACGCCGAGGCGAAGCGCAAGAUGGCCCUGGCCCGAGAGAGGAAGACAGUGAAGACGCUGGGCAUCAUCAUGGGCACCUUCAUCCUCUGCUGGCUGCCCUUCUUCAUCGUGGCUCUUGUUCUGCCCUUCUGCGAGAGCAGCUGCCACAUGCCCACCCUGUUGGGCGCCAUAAUCAAUUGGCUGGGCUACUCCAACUCUCUGCUUAACCCCGUCAUUUACGCAUACUUCAACAAGGACUUUCAAAACGCGUUUAAGAAGAUCAUUAAGUGUAAGUUCUGCCGCCAGUGA